GUGACGUCUGAUUGGAGCAGCGGAGCAACAGCAACUGCAAACUGAUGCAUGUGGGAGGAAAAUAUAGAGAGAUUGGUGAAUGUGACAGGAGUUAACACAGAGCACGAGAGUGAAACAUUUCGGAGUUUUUUUUAUGGCAAGAAAAGUGACGCGUUUUACUCUGCGCGUGAGUCUAAAAUUCGCCGCCUGCUUGCCGCGCGGCCCCACCCCUGCUCCUCUUCUGCCCGACUCCCUCCGGAUAUUUUUAGCGCUGAUGAUGUGCCCUGUCAAAUCACGUAACGGAAACAGCCUCGGAGCUGAAAAGCAGAGCUGCCGCGUAGAGAAAGCGUUGGGUCCUUUUUUCUUUGUGAUCUGCAGAGAAAAAGCCGCGGAUGAGAUGAAAUUUGAAAAUACUUUUGUGUUUUGCGUCUUGGUAAUCCUUACCGGCUCAUCGCAGACGAGAGGUCAGAGCAGUGCUGCCAUGCCUCCUGAAACCUCGAUUUCUCCUGACCCGACAGAGGAUCCAAAUCAUGAGGUCCCACAGUGGACACACAUUCCUGCAGACCAGGAAGAAACCUCAACUCAAACCACCAUUACAAAAACAGAAGUCCAUUUAGAGACUGUAAAAAGUACAGCGUUUCAAACAUCAACUGCGGGCUAUACCUUGGCUACAUCUCAACACACAGAAGUACCUGUCUCCAUGACUGCUCACAACGCCACUUCUUCAGCUCCAGCUCCUGCAGACAGCCUUUCAUCCACACCGACUGUGGAGAGCUCCACCCCUACACAGCACAUCUCCACCACUGAAGGCAGAGCCCUGCUGACCACAGAACCCCUCCCCAACUUUUCAUCUCUGCCAGCCCACACGAUGCAUGGUACCAGCUCCACAGCCCACACCUCCACCACGCAGCAGCAGUCUGAGUCACUGACCACAUCCUCCACAAAGCCAACAACCACAGGGCUCCCUCUGACCUCAGCCCCGGGCCGGGUUCCUGCAGGGCCGACGCACCAGGAGGUUCCAUCUGAACUAAAUGUUGGAGAUGAAGACCAUAAGAGCCCCCGCUCAAGCUCCCCUCUGGACCCUCUGCUAGCUGGUCUGCUCUCAGUGUUUAUUAUCACCACUGCCAUCGUCUUCGUCGUCCUCUUCCUCAAGUUCCGCCAGCGAACAAACCACCCAGAGUUCCAUCGGCUGCAGGAUCUACCCAUGGAUGAUUUGAUGGAGGACACACCUCUCUCCAGGUAUAGCUACUGAUCCAAUGAAUCCAUUCAGUCACUUCUACCACUCAGCGAGCAGAAGAGAAGAAGAGACGCCAGAGGAGCCAGUGUUGGUCUAAGGAAAGCCUUUGCCUAAAUGCAACCAUGUUUUGAGUAUUUUUGGUCAGAGAUAGUAAUGUGCCUUUCUGGUUACAUGAAUCAUAACAUCUUUUAAAAAGAGAGGAUUCUGCUGUACGUUUUGCCACAUUCCCUUUAAACUUCCACAGAUCUUCAGUCUGGUGGAAAGCAUGUUGGUUUCUUUCUUUCCGGAGGGCGGUUAAAUAGUACCUCUGCACCUCAGUCUGACUCCUCAUGUAUGCACAGCACUUUAAUGUGGCAUGAAUGGUCACAUCGCCCCCUGGGGGACUUCUUAGGUAGUGUGGAUCAAGGCAGCAUGAAGUCCUCUGAUGUAUUUAAUACACAACCUCAGGUUAUCAAGAAAGAUAUAAGUGUGGAUAUCAGAGACGGAGUGAGGAUAUUCUUUUAAGAUGGAAAGAUGCCAACAUGCCUAAAACAAGUAUUGAUUAUAAAUGAAGAUCCCUUUGGUGACCAAAUAGUGAAAAGCACUUUCAAAUCCAUUUCGCCCGGUUGCUCAUGUUGUCUUCAUAUUGAGGCCUUGCUGUAGAAAAUCAGCAGAAGCAAGACAUCUUUUAAUUCCCAAGCCAUAAACAAACCAGCUCUCCAGCAGCCAAUCAUGCAAGUAUAUGAACCAGAUUACAUUUGGAAAGCAUUGAUCUUUGCAGCCUUCUAGUUAGAUUUAUUAAUUUAACCAUAACAGUUUUUUUUUAAUGCUACUCUAUGAAACUUAAUUUGGCUUUUUGCUUUUUGAUGAUGAAUUCACCAAUCCACACUGAGACAAGACCUUGCUUCACUUAACAAAACCAUUUGCAGGAGUACAUUCUGAAGUUUCAUUCAAAUAUUACGGUUGAAUGUGUUGUAAAAUUCAUAUUUAUGAAGAAUGUAUUUGUUUUGUACAAAAGCUUUUACUGAAAACAAUGAAAGGAGGUGCAGGGAGUUGUCCAGUUCAGACUGUCAUUAGAUUUAUGUGUAUUAGCUGGAGUAUUAUUCAAAUGUACUUGAACAAAGCUGACUUAUCAGCGUUUUUAGUGUGUGGUCUCAGUAACAGUGAUGUAUGAUAAUAUGUCAUUGAAAUGUGGACCUGCAAGAACUUCUUCUGGAUUGUUUGAUAAUAAAAGUUAAACCACGGGACUGCAAGCCUCAUGUUGCAGAUGCAGAGGCAGUGGGACCUUGUUAGAGCAAAGCUAAA